AUGACGCAGACAGACUCAUGCCCAGGCCAGAGAAUGAAUGCUGAGGACACAGGCAAAUUAUUCCCAGGGAAAGGAAUCCCAAGAAUUGCAAAAGUUACAUGUAGUGAGUGUGGGCAAGGCUUUAGUGCUAAGUCAAGCCUUAUCACACACCUGAGGACUCACACAGGGGAGAAGCCCUAUGUCUGCAGGGAAUGUGGGCGAGGCUUUAUUCAGAAGUCAGACCUCAUUAAACACCAGAGGACACACACAGGGGAGAAACCCUAUGACUGCAAAGAGUGUGGACGAGGCUUUAGCCGGAAACCAGGCCUCAUUAAACACCAGAGGACACACUCAGGGGAGAAGCCCUAUGUCUGCAGAGAGUGUGGAAGAGGCUUUAGCCGGAAACCAGCCCUCAUUAAACACCAGAGGACACACUCAGGGGAGAAGCCCUAUGUCUGCAGGGAGUGUGGACGAGGCUUUAGCCGGAAAUCAGCCCUCAUUAUACACCAGAGGACACACUCAGGAGACAAGCCCUAUGUCUGCAGGGAGUGUGGGCGAGCCUUUACUCGGAAGUCAUACCUCAUUACACACCAGAGGACACACUCAGGGGAGAAGCCCUAUGUCUGCAAGGAGUGCGGGAGAGGAUUUAUCCAGAAGUCAGUCCUCAGUAGACACCAGAGGACACACUCAGGGGAGAAGCCCUAUGUCUGCAGGCAGUGUGGACGAGGCUUUACUCGGAAUUCAUCCCUCAUUAUACACCAGAGGACACACUCAGGGGAGAAGCCCUAUGUCUGUAAGGAGUGCGGACAAGGCUUUAUUCAGAAGUUAUACCUCAUCAGACACCAGAGGACACACUCAGGGGAGAAGCCCUAUAUCUGCAGGGGUUCUGGACGAGACUUUGGUGAUAAGUCACACCUCAUUGGACACAGGAGAAGAAAAUACAGCGAACACACACCUCCAUCUCCCCAGCUUUGA